UUUAACAUCACAUUGUCAAAAUAGGGUACAAAAUACAUGACCUAUUGGAUACACUGUUCAUGCAAAGCACUGGAUUUCCCCUUUAAUGAUGAAGAAUGACAGUGACGACCUUGAAAAUAUUUCUCAAUUUUUCUUUCAUUAAUCUUGCCUGACUUAUUCCCAGAUCCACAUUAUGAGAAAAAAAAAAUUCUCUGAGUGUGCGCGUUUUUGUUUUCAUAAAAAUGUAUUCGUUAGAAGAACUUGCUCGAUGAUAUAAGAAUUUGUGAAAAUACAAAAUAAACAGGAGGGAAAAGUUAAAAUUAUUGGUAAUAUAUUUGUUAUGGACUUGCAACAAAGCCAAAGUAUCGUUCUUAUUUUGAAGAGUCUUGUUCACAGGACGAGCCCCUACAACACAGGCAGCUCCAAAUCGUCCGAGAAGUGGCCAAGGACAACCCCUUCAUCGGACACACAUUCUUAUCAAAGAAUGUGCCUUUGUUUACUUGUUCACCCCUUUUGACUUUGUGCGUUUUCGGAACUAUAGAGUACGAGAGAGGCUGGUUCAGAACAUGUUUGGAGAUUGCAACUGGCCUGUCUCUCACGUCUUCCUGAUCAGAAAAAAGAUGACAUCUUGUCCGUUAUUUGUGCAAUUAUUCCAGCAAAUUAGGUGAUAAACCCAACAGGAAGUAUUCAUUCUUCAACAAGCUGCUGAAGAUUGGACACGUCUGGGAGCAGAACCUUUUUUUUUCCCCCUCACCCGAUUGCACAUUUUCAAUGUAAAAACUUUGUCUCGACGCAUUGUCACAACUUUUUGUCAUCAGGAAUUACCCACUUAUAAUGAGUUACAUAACUUCUCUGCCCUUCAACCCCAGCAAAUUCAAGGAAAGUGAGCUAACCAAAGAAGAAAGGAAUCACAGAGAUGCAGGAAGGCGCUGCCAAGAAAAACUGUCGAGAGGAUAAGGGAGCAAAGGAACCUAUGCUGGAAAUGAAAGGGGACGGGAACAUAUAUACACUUGCCGGUAGCCUACCUUCAACAGAGGAAGGAGAAGUAAGCGACUAUAUGGGACUCCACAACCCAUCAGGAGGAUAUCCAUUUGAGUGUUUUGGAACCACCCAAACAGACAGGUAAAAACUUUCUCGACAAAUUAGCUGAAGAAGAAGGGAAUCAUGGAGAUGCAGAAAGCCGCUGACAACCGAAAACAACUUGAAGAGGAUGCGGCAACAGACAAACCUAUGCUAGAAGACAAAGGUGAAGGGAACCCAUACACGCUUGCUGAUGUCCCAUCGGAAGCACCACGAGGGAUAUACACGGGACUGCAAAAGCCGUCUGAAGAUAUCUAUUCAAAUGUUUUGGAACCAACCCGUCAAUCAGCAAAACAGGCCCAAGUUGCCGUGAGGCCUUACCGUGUCGCAUGCUUGAUCCUGACCGUUGCCUGUUUGGCUCUGCUGCUGGUUGUCAUCGGCCUCUUGGUGAAAAUGAAAGCUAAAACCAGCAGCUGCCCGGUGACCUCAGUGAGUUGGGAUCCGCCAACAUGCAGCAAGGACCAGUGCACGGCUUUCACGUCUCAAGAUCAACACCGAUGUUAUUGCUGCAGUCAGUGCCCCCCAGGAUGGGUGAGACUGGAGGACUCCUGUUUCUUCUUCUCCACGUACAGGCUCAAUUGGCAGGGGAGCCUGAAGCAAUGUUGGGAGAAAGGAGGAUCUCUAGCUGUGGUCAGCAGCCGCAAAAUCCAGAACUUUCUGAGUCAAUGCGGGAACGGGAUGAAUUAUUGGAUCGGUUUGCAGCGCCAGAAGACUACGUGGACCUGGGUGGAUUUCACCAACCUGCAAGAGAGUUACUGGAAAGCAAAUUUGACAGCGGGGGACUGCGCGAUGCUUCACAGCAACGGCAUUCCCAAGGACAACUGGAUCAUGUCUUCUUGUGUCUCGUACACAUACUACAUCUGUCAGAUGAACCUCGGAACCCCAGUUCGUGAAGCCACUGUGCCCUCGGUAGAGCUGGGGAGAGGCUAAAUGAUAGAUGUUCUGCAAGUUGAGAAUUUGAAAAUUUGAAAACAAGUGAACAAUAAUGAGUGUGACAUUUUAACAUUAAAGAUAUCAAUUUCAAUCAUUA